AGGUGCUCAAAAUUGAUUCAACAAGCAUUCGAUUACAAUGCCGUCUGGGAGUAUCGCGUAAUCUAAGUGCUUUGAGAGCACCCGAGAGCAGGUCCGAUGAUCAAAGUGAAACCGUCUUAAAUAAAUUGUUGGCUACAUCACGUCUUCCCAAUUACACAACGAAAAUUCUCUAUAAAAAAGUCAAAAGUCAAUCCAUUAACCUGCUCAAAAAAAUAUGGUAGGAUAGAGCCGACAUCAUCAGGGUGGCAUAGAGACGCGCAUUGAGGCGCGCACCUCCGCUCUCUUCUAUGCCCAUCGUGUUCCGUCUUCAAAUGGCAUAAAAUAUCAGUGCACGCCAAACCGUUAAAUAGCUGAGACGUGCCGUAUCGGCUCUUUCCGUCACCGCACGUGAUGUUACGACUCCCGAUUCUACACACGACAUGUAAUCGAAAUAUGUAAUAACCAUUCAAAUAUAUCCUAGUGAUGUGACGUCAGAUAAAAUGUUGCAGCUCUUAAUUCUGCUGCUGACGGUUUUGGUAACUUCGGGAACGGAAUGUCCUACGAUGUGCAUUUGUAAGCACUUUCCGCGUGAGAUAGUGCCAAAGAGUUAUCUUUAUUACACGUCCGUGAGGUGCGAAGGGUUUAAUUCGAACGCGACUUUGAACAACUUUACGAGGAUUUUGGAAGUUUCCCGUUUGGAUGGCACGAGUUUCAGUGAGUUGUUUCAAACUUUAUCGGAGAGUGAUUUGCCGGAGUUAAAUAAUUUGGUGUUGACGCAUAGCACUGUAAGUAAUUUGAGUGACUUGCUUUAUUCAGUUGGCAGACAGUUGAAGUUUUUAAAGUUAUCGCACAAUAAUUUGACUGAAAUUCCGGAACUCGGUGAUGAUUUAAGUGUAAUUUCUCUGGAUUUAUCUGCAAAUGAAAUAACGUCACUGCCAUCAUCAUAUCACCCGAUAAGGACUUUGGAGACAUUGAAUUUAAGCGAAAAUUCCAUAAAACAAAUCAAGCCAGAGAGUUUUAAAAAUCUAGAGGCCCUUAAAAUAUUAGACCUAUCAAAAAAUUAUUUAUUUCUAUUGGACAACCAAUCGUUAACUCCACUAGUGUCUUUGCAAUAUUUGAAUUUGAGUCAUAAUAAUUUAAAAAGCUUAAAUGAUAAAUGUUUUUCUAGUCUCUUGAAAUUACAGCAGCUGGACGUGUCCUCUAAUAAUUUAGCCCGAGUGGCCCCAGGCAGUCUGCAAUUACCAAGUUUAGCACGUUUAUUGCUCGCGGGGAAUACGCAACUGGGAGAUUCGAGCGAAGUUCUUGUUCAAAUUGGACAACGAGUGCAUACGGUGGACGUUUCGGAGACGGGACUCAAACAGGUGCCUCCAACGUUAACCCAUUCAAUAAGAAUUUUACAACUUUCAAGAAACUUUAUACAAACAGUAACUUGUGGUGAAUUGGAUGCUUAUCCAUUGUUGCAAUUUUUAGAUUUCACUUCAAACGAUUUAUUUUCUAUUGAAGAAGAUGCAUUGGGACGGUUAGAAGCCCUUUCAGUGCUUUAUUUACCUGACAAUAAACUCGAAACUAUUCCCAAAAGCUUUCCCGAAAAAUUGACUGUGUUACAUUUGCAAGGCAACGCUAUUCGAAAAAUCUCAAAGGACGAUCUUUAUGGAUUGCCAAAUCUAGAAGUUUUACUAUUAAAUGACAAUAAAAUUUUGAUUGUUGAAGCUGGAGCUUUUAGUGAUUUAAAUUCCCUUAUCACUUUGGAUUUAUCACGAAAUCCGAUCAAAGCACUUCCCCCAGGAAGUCUCUCGGGACCCUCAUUUUUACAAUUUUUAAGACUCAGCGGAAUAGAUACAGUUUCACCCGCGGAAGACGUGUCAUUUCCCCUUUCAACUACCGAUCACUUAGUUACUCUGGAUUUAUCCGGAAGCUCAGGAUUAGCGCGUCAAUUUCUCUCAGACACUGCCGCGUUAGCGGCAUCUCGGGAAUUACAAGAGCUCGAUAUUUCCGGUACGGAUCUCGAACUUAUCCGAUCUGAUUUAUUGCAUUUUCUGUCGCAGCUUAGGGUAAUGCACAUAAAAGAUAACCGGCUUAAUUGCAGCAAUUUACUUUGGUUGGCCGUUUGGAUGCGACGCCAAGAUCAACCGGAAUAUCGGUCUAUUAAGUGCGCCAGUCCGCAAGAACUUUGGGGUACGACGCUACUUGAUUUACAAUAUGCCCAAGCAGAAGAAAUCGUAGCGAUAAAACAAAUAAUAAAUCACGAGUCCAACGGAACCAUUAAUCUUGAAACAAAAAAUAUUUCGGCAAUGUGGAAAAGCCAUUCGGUAAGUGAAGCAAAUACAUCUGUCAAUGGUAUUUUUUUUAAUAAACAAAUCGAAACAAAUGACGUUAUUAGUGCGAGUGUUAUGGACAAUAAAACGAAGAACAAAGUAUUAAAACAAACGCUCGAGAAAAAGAUUAAAAGUGACAACAAGGAAUUAGUGUCAAGUGCAGACGUGGGACCCUCAUCUUUAAUUCCGGUGUCUAACGACCGAAAGUAUUUCGUGGAGAGGACAACAGUGCUUUCAAAGGACCGUCAUCAAGAAACAGAUUCCAGCAUCAACAUCACGGAAAAUGACAGAAACUCGGCGGAAAAGCGCCGACUGUUGGGUAAUAAUGGGCCCUCGGGAGUCCUUCAUCAAAGCAAGGCUUCACAUAAUCAGACGCCUAAUGAAAGGAUAUUCAAUGACACGUCUGGUUUAGCCGAAAGCAACAAAAGCGAAUACCGGCUGCCUCCUCCGCAAUUUCAACAGGGCGACGUUAAUAUGACGGAGAAUAUGGCCGAGUGGAACUCUUCAACGGUUAAAACAUCCAUGUACAGAAAUAACGAAAACCCCAACCGACUACUACAUCCAGGUAUGUUAAUCUUGGCCGUAGGCGUCCUCGGUGGUGCAGUAACCCUUGCCACUUUGGCUGUGAGAUUCAACACAAGAAAACGAUGGACAGACCGAAGAGAAUCUUCCGAAGAAAUCCCAGUGACCAGUAUAUCGAGCGUCACCGAGUUGUGGUGACGUAUGCGCGAGCCGGACGAAGAACGCGCUGCUUUGUCUGAAUCUUUCAUGACUUGAAUUGUGUUUUGAUAAUAAUAGAGAGAAAAAAGAAUCAUUUAUUUUCGGCUAAUAGUCUCUUCCUCAAUCCAAAUCGAUUUGGUUUAGCGCCAAAUCUAGAGUCGUAAAGUGUCUAGGAACAUAAAAACAAAUAUCCAGCGGGAGUGGAGCGUUUCUAUUCAGCUUGAACAAUAGGAUUUCGGCGAAAUUAUGAGGCGAUAUGUGUCUGCAAGAGAGAGCGUGAUUUUUGGAAUGACUGAUGAUUUUUUACUAAAUGUAAUAUAACAAAAAAAAAAAUUAAUGUUUUAUAUUUGUAAAAGUACCAUUGUAAGUAAGGAAAUUAGAGAAUAUCUAAGUUUUUUUUUUUGUAAAAAAGCUGUGUUAGAAUAAAGUUUGUUCAUAAAAUAGUAAAAUAUUAAUAACGUUUGUAUGUAAAGAAAAAAAACAUUUGAGCAUGAACCCCCUCGUUAAAAUAUAAUGUACAAGUUUUAUUUGGUUAUCUAGGCCCUUAUUCUGUGAAAAUAUCGUACACGAAAUGUGAUAGAAUUUCAAAUACCAAAAUUAAAAUUCGAAUUAUGAAAACAAGAUUUUUACAGAAUAUAGGGACCAAUUAUUUCUAAAAGAAUGAGCCUUUAAAACAUUUAUUGAAGCAUCAAACAUCCCUUCUUAUCUUAUCUCAGCAGUAAAAUAUUUAGUCUUUAUCGUUAACAGAUUUAUUAUUUCCAGUAACCCUUCCUUUGAAUUUUGCACACAAAAUAAGUAUAAUUAUGUUUAAGCCAGCGAUCUAUUUUGUGUACUCUGAUAAUGUAUGUUACUCGCCAAAACCUGAUAAAUUCCAUUGUGUAAAAUAUUUCCAGAAUAUUGCAUUUUGGACUAGAGCAGUAAAAUUUUUUGGAAAAGCAAAAGAUAAAUAUAUGUAUUUAAAUUUUA